AUGGCCUUUUCUGGUUACAUUAAACCUCCCACGGGUUACUUGGCCCAGUUGUUGGACGAGAGCGAGGUGUGCAGGAGGCGGACCGUGGAGAAGCCCCAGCAAGUGCUGCUUCGCUGGCCCAAUCCGCAGGCCGUCGGUAUUGCCAGUGUGGCUGCGAUGCGAUUGAACACGGUGCCUUUGACAAUCCUGGCCAAGUGGUGGACCUCGCAUUGCAGCUACGUCAAGACAAUCCCGAUAGAUCUUCUUCGAACCGAGGCCUCCCUUCUUCGUUCCAAACUGGGCCUCGACCCAGAUGACAAGAUUAUGUGCCAUCACGAUGGAGCUGGUCUCAAGGUUCUCUUCAGCCACGGGAUUCGUCGUUGGUCUUCUGGCUCGGUGAAUCGGGAUCGCUGCCUCGAUGAGUUCUACAAGACCCUUUCCGAUGCUUGGACGUUGCCCGAGAACGGUGGCGAGCUUCUCGCCAUCGAGGAUGGCGAUGUGGAUGACCCUGAUGACGAGGAUCCUGAAGAAGAGAUGGCGGUGGAUGAUGGCCUCGUGGAGCCAGGAGAGGAUCCAACAGCUUUGGCUGUUGCUGAGGAAGGGAUGGCGGUCGACGGUGGCCUCGAGGAGCCAGCGGAAGCUGGAUCUGUGGCGGAGGCUCUUGCAACGGCAGACGAGGAGGAGUUCACAGGGACAAAAGCUCCCUUGACGGAUGAGCCGGGGCCACGUCAGGAGGCGGCAUUGGGGCGAUCCAGUGCCUUCUGCUGCACGCCGAAGAAGAUCAACUUUGAUGCCUACUCUGACAUUUCGCCGAUUUCGGAUGAGCAGAAGCGACAGUUGGCCAUCAAGCAAAUCAGGCAGGAGCUGGCCAGGCGGGCCGAGAAGAGCAAGACAACUCCUGCUCCCCUCGUGUGCCCCGACAACCUGGAGACCCAAGUUGAUGGACCAGUCGUUGGUUCCCCGUCCGUGGCUUCGAGCCCAAAGAGCUUGGAUGAAGUCAAAGGCAACAUGAUCGGAAGCCCCAGCUACCCAAGCCCGGACAAAGAACUGGCUGAGGAGCCGGAGCCUUCGUUGGAGCUGGCUGAGGACCCGGAGCCUCCCUUGGUUACCCGUGAAGAGCAGCUCAAGUCAGAGGCUGAUCCCUUCCAUGAAGAUGAGGAGAACCAUGACGAGGCGAUUUUGAAGAAGCCGGCGGCCAAGGCUCCUCCAGAAGAGGAGGCUGAGGACGAGCAGGACGAGGAGUUCGAUGAUUCCACGCCGGUUUUGAAGAAGCCGGCGGCCAAGGUCCAGAAGAAGAGCGUUGGCCCACAAAAGGCCGAGAUCCGCAAGAAGGCGAAGCUUGGUGGGGACACUGUGGACCCUGUUCUGACUCGGCUAACAUUCGCUGGCCGUCGCAGACCGGAUGGAGGCCUUGCGAAGGAUCGCUUUGUGGCCCUCGAGGUGGCCUACUUCACAUUCGUGACGCCCUUGCUCGAGAGCCCAAGCACGCACGAGGCGGUGUUUCUUGCAUAA